GUCAGGUCUCGUGAGCGGAAGUUGUCGGGGAGGCGGAAGCGAGCGCGGGAGGCGGCAGGGCCCAUUAAAGCCGACGAGGCGGGCGGGGGGCAUAGCGAUUGGGGUUGGGCCGCAGCGGCAGCACCAGUGUGAAAGAUGACUUCUAGGAAGAAAGUAUUACUGAAAGUCAUCAUCCUUGGAGACUCUGGGGUGGGAAAGACAUCACUCAUGAACCAGUAUGUGAAUAAGAAAUUCAGUAACCAGUACAAGGCUACGAUAGGCGCAGACUUCCUGACAAAAGAGGUGAUGGUGGAUGACAGGCUAGUGACAAUGCAGAUAUGGGAUACAGCAGGCCAAGAACGAUUUCAGUCUCUGGGAGUUGCCUUCUACAGGGGAGCAGAUUGCUGUGUGCUGGUAUUUGAUGUCACAGCUCCCAACACGUUCAAAACCCUAGACAGCUGGAGGGACGAAUUCCUCAUUCAGGCCAGUCCAAGGGAUCCUGAGAAUUUUCCUUUUGUUGUGCUGGGAAAUAAGAUUGAUCUAGAAAACAGACAAGUCACCACGAAACGGGCACAAGCCUGGUGCUACAGUAAAAACAACAUCCCCUACUUUGAAACCAGUGCUAAGGAGGCCAUUAAUGUGGAACAAGCUUUCCAAACGAUUGCACGAAAUGCACUUAAACAGGAAACUGAAGUGGAGCUUUACAAUGAAUUCCCCGAACCCAUCAAACUAGACAAGACUGACCGAGCGAAGGCUUCUGCGGAGAGCUGCAGCUGCUGAGGAGAGAGGGAGGGGUUGAGCACAGUUCUUCACAGAUUGAUAUCACACUUAGGCCUUCAAACACACAGCCCCUCUUCUGUGUUUAAAAUGAAAUUACAAAAAAAAAAAAAAUUGCAUCUCCAGCUGCCAAAAUCCACCCUUCUCUCAUGAGCAUCUGAGUCCUGCACUUCAGAGCUCAUGUCCCCCCAUGAUCCACAUCACACUUCUUGGUAACAGACCUUUCUCUUAGUUUAUAAUGGAAACUCUUAUGUAUGUUUGGAACUGAAUCUAAUUCCAGGUGUCCAGUGGAGAGAAACUGUUUACAGGUAAUCUGUGUAACAAGUUACAUACAUUUUUAACUGUCUAGUGUUUUCCCCUGUGAAGGCUGCAACUGGAAAGGCUGAUUACCCAUAGUUCAUUGCAGGCUCAGCACUCAGUCCAACUAGGUUGAGUUUUGUAUGUAUCUCUGUUAAUGCUUGUUACUUUUAACUAAUCAGAUCUUUUUACAGUAUCCAUGUAUUAUGUAAUGCUUCUUUAGGAAAAAUCUUAUAGUACAUGUUAAUAUAUGCAACCAAUUAAAAAUGUAUAAAUUAGUGUAAAAUUCCUGAGUUACAUGUUCAAAUACUGAAACACAGGUUGUGUAGAAAGUGAGGAGGACACUUGUGACCUGCAGCGUGCUAGCAACAGAGUCCAGAUAGAGGCAGUAUUCUGUACAGUAGAGAUGAACUAUGUAAGCCUUUUGUUUUGAGGCCAAAAAGGCUUUGUCUUUUGGAAAAAUCUGUCUGGCUUCCUUGUAUCUAAAUUCUCCGAUUUGUAUUAACAGCAUUGAUAUGCACACUGGAUUAUUGGAUUUAAAAUUAAAUACAGCUAUGAAAUGA